AUGACAUGGAUUUAUACACGUCACACUUCUCCUGAUAUCUCCCGCCCAACGGGCAGCUGCGCAUUUAGGGUUCCUAUGGCCGAAGCUCCUUCUCCCCGUCCUCUCCCGCCCGAGAGGGAUCUCUACGGCAAGGAUGAUCUUCACUACCUCAGUUUCUCGGCGCCAGUGCCGACGCUGCCGUUCAUCGACAUCCAUGACUAUGAUUUACCGUAUGGCGGGAAGAACUUCCUGCACGACACUUUUGCGAAAUCGCAGACCACGCCCAGCCCGUUUCAGUUCAAAGGAUCGACUGUGAAGAAGGAAGGAGCGAAUUUGCUGUCUUGCCUUACUGGUGUCAAGACCGAUGUCACGCGCCACAAGCAUUGGGUGCCUGGCUGCGGCCGUGUGCGAUGUAAGUACGACCAGCAAUUCACCGAAGAGGCUGUGAAGCAGCUGGAGGAUUUGCUGGAUGGGAAAAAGAAGAGGUCUUCCAAGUCGGGCUCUCAACGGUCGCGCAGGAGUUAUGUCUGCUACAUGGUGGACGAGUGCGUGGAUACAGGAGAUUUGGAGGGGCUGGUUUUCGACUUCGAUGCUGACAGUGAUACCACAGUUGCUCAAGGUAGCUCCAGCAGCAGUAGUGACGAGGACGAUAGCCCCGAAAAGAAGCCUGGAGUUAUGGACAAGUCUCCGAACGAGUACCUUGCUCUCAUCAAGGAUUCCAUGAGCCGUAUCGGUCUGCGAACGCAAAUGCUACAUGACCUUUCGCUCGGUGAAUGUCCUCCGAGAGAGGCACCGGCGUCAGCUCCAGCUCGAUCGCAGGUUCAGGGAUCUGCCGCCGCCGCUGCUCAAGAAGCGGAUUCACCAUAUAUGUCGCAUACAAGCAUCAGUGUCAAGCAAGCCCGAAAGCUAGUUGGUGCGAUGCACACUGAUGAGCAGGCUAUCGAUUUGAGGGACUUGCUGUCCUGGAUGGAACAACUGGGUGCUAUGGCUGAAGAAAAGAGCAAAGAGUACGAGUCCCGGCAGAGUUUAAAGCCCGAGUCUACAGAACAGAUGAAGUCGAGGCUGCAAAACGUGGGAGGAAGUGACUGGAGACUUCCUGCCUCUCCACCUAUCGCUUUACAGCUUGCGAACGAAGAUUUGCAAAAUCGACUGGCUAAUCUGUAUCAAGAAAAGAACUUCCUGAAUAACAAAAUUCAGAGCUUGAGAAAGGAAGACCUGGAUGAAUCUCAAAACAUGCCGCAGGAGUUUAUGUCAGCACUACGGUCCUUGGUGUGUUUCUCCUUCACCAGCUUAAGGACAUAUCUUGAGUGGAAGAAGACUACGAACUUCUUGGUGACUCAGUGUCGCAAAAUCUUGAAUCUGCUGAACGUUUGGAAGGACGAUAUCAGCUACUUGAGCAACAGCUGAAUGCAACCGGAAAUAGUGCCGGCAAACAUCUUCACGACAUGGUGAAAGUGAAAAAUCUACUGGGACCAGAUGCCGUUGAAGGGCUUCAAAAAUUACCUCCAUCAAG